AUGCAGUUAUUCACAUUCCCCGUCCUCGCGGCUCUUACUUUGGAUGCUUUGGCUGUUCCUACUAUCAGCCCUAGAAGCAAUGCCGGCUCUGGUCUGAUUGUUGAGACAACCUCUGGGUCAGUCAGAGGCUUUGUCAACCAUACCGCUCCUAAUGUUCGACAAUUCCUCGGUGUUCCCUUUGCGGAGCCUCCGGUGGGAGACCUUCGCUUUGCCCGGCCGCAGACGAAGAAGCACGGUGGCGCUAUCAAUGCUUUGUCGCUUCCCAACUCUUGCAUGCAGCAAUUUGACACCAACUCAUCAACAAUCUACACGGAAUAUGAGUCUGAAUUCCUCGUUAGCGGUGGAAACUCUGAAGAUUGUCUGUAUCUUUCUAUCUGGGCACCCAGCCUUAAGGGCAUUCAAUCGCAACAGCGCCCGUUGCCAGUUCUGCUGUAUAUUCCGGGAGGUGGCUUUACUAGUGGUGGCCAGGCAUCUCUAUACAAGAUUCCUGACAAAUGGGUUCAGCGAACACAGUCUCACAUUGUUGUUAUCAUGAAUUAUCGUGUCAAUGUUUUCGGGUUUCCUAAUGCGAGGGGACUGGAAGACCAAAACGUGGGGCUUUUGGAUCAAAGACUGGCUGUCGAGUGGGUCUAUGCCAAUAUUGGAAAUUUCGGCGGCGACUCAAAGAGGAUAACACUGUGGGGUCAAUCUGCUGGAGCUGGCAGUGUUGCCGUGUAUCCGUAUGGAUAUCCUGAUGAUCCCCUGGUUGCCGGUUUGAUCGCAGACUCCGGGGGUCCGGGUAUCGUCAGUGGAAGUGAUGUAGCCCACACAAACUUCACUUUCUUGGCUGGACUGGUCGGAUGUAAGGGGCUCAGCGCUGAGAAGGAAUUGAGCUGCGUCAGAAAGGUACCAGCUCAGACUCUUGAAAAUGCGCUAUCAUAUUAUUCCGGCAAUGAUACGUUACCGUCCAUCUCGUUCAAACCAGUCAUUGAUAACAAGACUGCUUUUUCAAACUGGACCGAGCGGAUAUUGGAUGGAAAAAUUGCCAAAACACCCAUGAUCAUUGGCAGCAACUCAAAUGAAGGUGCUGGCUUUGUCUCCUUCACCCCCAGCGGACCUGGGGAGCAAGCCCUAGCCGGUGCUACUAAGAUUAUCAGCUGCCCCGUCGCAUCAGAAGCUAAGAACCGCCACCUUGGCGGCCUUCCAACCUACCGAUACGAAUACGCUGGCAAUUUCACAAACAUUUCGCCGCUGCCUUGGUUUGGUGCCUACCAUAGCUCAGAGCUACCUUUGCUCUUUGGGACACAUUCCGAGUAUGGCGGCGCCUCGUCGAAGUUCGAAUGGGAGGUCAGCUACGCUAUGGAGGCAUUAUGGCUAAGCUUUGCCGAGGAUCCCACGCGCGGUCCUGUCCGUGCAGCGAUAGGGGAUGUUGCCCCGAACCCAACAAAGGAAGGUUACUUCUCCUGGCCCCAGUUUGAAGGGGGGUCCGGUGAUAUGGUAUUGUUUGCCAAGGACAACACAUUGAUGCAGCUAGUGUCCUCUGAGAGUAUCGAUACCUCGUGUUCGGUUUCAUAG